AUAAAGGGGAAGUGUUGCAAACUAAAUGAAAAGACAAAACCUGAAGUGGUGCUCCGAAUGGUAUAGGGUUAUCAGCUAAAGUGAAAGUAGAAACUUAGAAGAAAGGCAAGAUGGAGUUGCAAAAGUUUGAAAAGCUGGAAGUAAGCGGAGAACAUCAGAAGGGAGAAGAUGAAGAGAAACUGGGAACGGUGAAAGAAAGUGAGCUUCUGGAAAAAACAGGGAAAGAUAAUGACUCAGAAUACAGGACACUGGACAGGUCAACUGAAAACAUAUACGAGACAACCUUGGUGCCCUCCACAGCAAAGACAGGAGAAUCAUGUGAGAUUACUGCACAUCACAGCAAACUUCCUGAAGAGGUUCAGAGAGGGAUUCGUAUUUACCGAACGAUGUCCAUCAUCCUGUUCGUCCUCACCGUGAUCCUCGCUGCCGCUGUCAUCGCCCUGUGUGCCCGCAUUAAUAUAAGAAGCACUUGUUUUAAGGAAGAGAUUCAAGAGAAGGUCUGCGAUGUGCAGCUUUGCAAUGAGUUAUAUCCAGCAGUUUCCUCAGAAAAAAAAGAUGCUGGAUGCCACCGAUGUGGUCAAGGUUGGCUGCAGUUUGAAAACUGGUGCUUUUUCCUGUCCAGUGCAAGGGAGAGCUGGAGCCGCAGCAGAGAGCAGUGCAGGAAGUGGGGCGCCGAUCUGGCCGUCAUCGACAACCAGCGAGUGCAGGCAUUUCUUACUGGGAAGGGAAACCUGGUGUAUUGGAUUGGGCUAAGUCGGUCGACAGGUGGAGAAUGGACCUGGAUAAACCAGACCAUGCUUGCAGACAGUUACUGGGCCCCCGGAGCAAAUGGGCAGAAUUGCGGGUGCCUGAUGGGGAAGCAAUUGCCCAGUAGAAGCUGGAAUUCCGCGCCGUGUACGCAUUACACUGCCUACAUCUGCCAGAAGGUGGUGUGAGGCUAGUCUGUUACUUGCUUUUUCCCUCUCUCUGAAUUACUAGGCAGCUGAAUUACUUAGCAAGAUGACUAAUCAAACCUUUUAUCAGGAGUUUAGCGUAAUGAGUUAAUCAUGUUAGCCUUUCAGAUGUGUUAAUUUCCAGCUUAAGCCACUACUUCAACAUAUAUGUGCAAUUAUAUAUUUUUACUUGCUUGUGAUUUUUUAAAAUCUGAUGGCCAUGAUGGUUAUGUUGCACUACAGUAGAUGCUGCCCUAAAUGGACAGGUUCAGCCACAGAGCCCUAUCUUCUACUACAGUGUGUGUUGAACCUUGCACUUUUAUUGUACGUUAAAGUAAAACCAUGUUGACUAACACACUGCUUGCAUUUUUGCACUAAGAUCACAACACUGUUUACUCUGAAUGAUUUGCUGUAACUUCUGUCCCAUUCCCAAAAUGACAUUAAACAGCUGUUCAUAUAUUUGUAA